AAUUGAAUAUUCGAGUGUUGAAAAUGCCUUUCGAAUUGUUUUUAGUCACUUUACUUCUGAUAAAGUAGACAAAGGAAUGGAGUGCUAUUUCACAAAUAUCCCUGACGUUAUCCCAAAUUUCCACUUGACAACUGUGCAUGCAUUUUAUGAUAUAGAUGUGUUAGGUUGCCCUGAAGGGAAAUUUGGCGGAAAUUGCCAAUAUGAGUGUUAUUGCCAGAACGGAGCAACAUGCCAUAUCUUCAAUGGUGCAUGCAAAUGUACCACUGGAUGGAAAGGAAUAGCCUGUGAUAUAGUUACCCCUAGUGUAGUGUUCACUGCACCUACAUUCUACUCUUAUGUUGGCCGAGACUUAUCAUUCGUCUGCGAUUUCAACCACCUGAACGCCUCUGAUAUUUAUGAAAGAAGCUUUCAUCACAAUGCUAAUAUUCUAGCAAAAAAUACAGUGACUUUCAAUAAUGAUACAAGAAUUUAUAUCUGGAAUGAAUAUGAAAGAUUUGGAGUAGAAAUUUACUCUGUUGCUGACCAAGACGCUGGAAUAUAUGAAUGUAAUGUAGUUGACAUAUAUGGUGAAGUGUACAAAGAUUACACGACUCUGAUAGUGACAGGAUGCGAAAAUAAUCGUUUGGGGUGCAACAUGUGAUAAAACUUGUAAUUGUGAAAAUAAUAGUAACUGUAGUCGUAAAGAUGGUUGUAUUUGUAGCCAGGGAUGGAAUGGAACAUACUGCACAGAAAAUGUAGGGGCACCGGAGUUUGAUUUUGCCCGCACAACAUUACGGCAUUAUUAGAUGAAGGGUCAUCGUCUACUGAAGUCACGUGGCCAAAGGUUGAAGUCAAUGACAAUUCAGGACUGUUUAAUCUGACAUCAAACCAUCAAGCACGCGAUAAAUUUAUCAUAGGAGUACACAACAUAUUGUACACAGCAGUAGAUAAUCAUGGAAAUACUGCCUUGUGUAGAUUCAGUGUAAAUGUGCGGGCUGCCAAUAUUGGAACAAAGAAAACUGUUAUUGUAUCAUCAAUUGUGAUUUCACUCUUAUUGGUAGUGUUAGUUACUUUUGGUUUUGUUGUGUGUCUCCGAUACAGAAAGAAUAGACUAAUGUACCCGUUAAUAUUUGGUAGAUCUGAUGACGAUGAUGAUAAGGAAUGGGAUGCAUUUGUAGCUGUUAGAGG